UUCAUCUCGUAAUGCAACAACUUUUUGCCCUAAAAAAAAAUUAACUUGCUAUAUCACAACUCGGGCUGCACGGUGAAGCGACUGGUUAGAAUGUUGGCCUCACAGUUCUGAGGUCCCGGGUUCGAUCCCGGCCCCGCCUGUGCGGAGUUUGCGUGUUCUCCCCGUGCCUGCGUGGGUUUUACUCCGGGUGGGCACUCCGCUUCCCUCCCACAUCCCAAAAACGUGCAACAUUAAUUGGACACUCGAAAUUGCCCAUAGGUGUGAUCGUGAGUGCGGCUGUUUGUCUCGUUGUGCCCUGCGAUUGGCUGGCGACCAGUCCAGGGUGUACCCCGCCUCCUGUCUGUUGACAGCUGGGAUAGGCACCAGCGCUCCCUGCAACCCUUGUGAGGAUAAGCGGCUAAGAGAAGGGAUGGAUGGAUGGAUGGCUCAUCUCUCUUCUCUGUGAGAGCUGUGCAGUCCGGGAGGAAGGUCUUCUUUCUGUCCCUCUAUUAAUUCUCAAAGGUGUUCCUCAGGGUUCAAUACUUGGUCCAACACGUUUAAAUAUCAAAUCUCGUAACAUUACAAAGUUAAAAAGAAAAAACUUAAAAUGUCAGAAUCACUUUUUUUUUUUUUUAAAUAAAAAAGAAACAAAUUCAAACAUGUAACAUUACAAUUUGGAAAAAAAAAGUGAAAACUAAACCUGCCAUCAUAUUGCGAUUUUUAUUGCCUUUAGUGCAGAAUGAUUCAUUUUUAGUGCGCGUCCGUCACGUGUGGGCCAGCGAGUGAGCUGAUUGUGUUGUUAACGAUGAACGAUACGACGUCCAAAGGUGGCGUCGGCGAUAAAGGACGUCUUUGUCUUGGCAACAAAGACUCCCAUCUCGUCGCGUCUCGGCGGCCAGGAUGACGUUUGACGCUAUCCUGGAGGAGGUGGGCUCCCUGGGCCCCUUCCAGGUGGUCCUCGGGGUCCUGAUGCUGAGCCCGCGCAUCGUGCUCCCGUGUAAUUUCCUGCUCAACAAUUUCAUCGCCGCCGUGCCGCCUCACCGCUGCGACGUCAGCCGACGGAACCCGUCCUGGAACUCGAGCCGGGACCUGGAGGGGGUCGCCGCCGGCGCCGCCGCCGCCGUCCCCCUGGGCGACGACGGCGAGCCGCUGACGUGCCGGAUGUUCGCCGAGCCGAGCUGGCGAUUGGCGGGAAACGGCUCGGGGGCCACGCCCACCACCGAAUGCCGACACGGAUGGGUUUACGACAACUCCACCUUCUCCUCGACCAUCGUCACCGAGUGGGAUCUGGUGUGCGACUGGAAGCAUCUCCCCCAGACCACCAACACUAUUUUCUUUGUGGGACUCAUGCUGGGCUCUCUCUUAUUUGGAGUCCUGUCGGAUAAUUACGGGAGGAAACCGAGUCUUUUGGCCUCCUACGUCCUGUCCAUCGUGUUCGGCCUGGCGAGCGCGUUCGCCGACUCGUACGUGCUGUUCACCGCGCUGAGGUUCUUCUGCGGGGCGGGACUGGCGGGCAUCAGCCUCAUCUCCUUCACCCUCUGCGCCGAGUGGGUGGCCACGACUCACCGGGCGUCCAUGUGCGUGAUCUGCAGCCUGGCGUGGUCGCUAGGCAACAUGCUGCUGGCCGCCUUGGCCUACCUGGUCAACGCCUGGCGACCUCUCAUCGUGACGGUCACGGCGCCGCUGGCCUUGGCCGUCCUCACCUGGUGGUGGGUCCCCGAAUCGGCUCGGUGGCUCUUGGCCAAUGGAAAAGCGGAAGAGGCGCACUUGUACCUGGACAAAUGCGCCCGUGCCAACAAUAGACCCAAGUUCUUGUCCGCAGUCAAAUUGGAGGCUUUGUCCAGAUUGGAAAUGUCAGACAAGAACAAAAAGUUCAGCCUCCUUCAUCUUUUCAAGACGCCAAAACUUAGACAGAUCUCGCUGGUCACCGGAAUCGCGUGGUACGGCACGGCGGUGACAUACUACGGCAUCAGCUUGAACCUGGACGGCUUCGGCCUCAACGUGUACCUGACGCAGUUCGUGUACGCCGCCAUCGAGGUUCCCGCCAAGCUGCUGAUUUACGUGCUGGUCGAUAGAAUCGGUCGGCGGGCGUGUCUCGCCGGCACCAUGGUGCUGACGGGAACUUGCAUCGGCAUCAACAUCUUGGUGCCCAGAGCUUUGUGGCUUGUGCGUUCCGCGGUGGCCAUCUUGGGCAAGGGGCUUUCUGAGGCCUCCUUCACGACAAUCUACCUGUACACCAUCGAGCUGUUCCCCACCGUGCUCAGAAGGGUUUGGGCUUCGCCAACGUGAUGAGUCGCAUCGGCGUGUCCGUGGCUCCUCUAGUUCUGCUCCUGGAGGACUCGUGGACGCUCCUCCCCCAGGUGGUCUUGUGCGCCGGGGCCACGUCCUGCGGCCUGGCGGCGCUGGCGCUGCCCGAGACCCUGGACCGCA